UGAUCGACCAGCAGCCAGUCAGUGUGUGAGUGGUGCGUGAAGCAGAUGCAGAAAAGUAAAGAUGUCGUACUUCUCAUGCGGCAGUGUAAUAUGAAGAUGAUGAUAAUGGAGUGCUGAGAAAUUUCAUCCAGAUUUCGGCUCCGUUGUGCGUUUGCAAGUGGUGUGUAAUCGCGCUCGACUAACCCAUCUUAAGCUGCAAUCCAUUGUUCUCGCUUUACUUAAAGUGAAACAACAGUGCGUGUGUGAGUGUGAAAUAAACAAAAUCAAAAAGUGUGGAAACCCCCCCCCCAACACCACCUUCCUGUGGAAAAGGGUGCGUGUGUGUGUUGUGUGCCGCGCGGCCUGACAAGCGGGCGCGCAAGCGAGAGAAGUAGGCUGCGUUUUUCCUUGUUUUCCUUUUCUGCUUGACAGACGCACAGCAACUUUGCUCCCCAUUCAUCCACCCGUCUCCCACUUUUGUGAACGGUGGGUGGAAGAGUGUGUGUGUGUGUGUGUGCGUGCGUGAGUGUAUCCGUGGAAGUGUGUGCGUGCGUGUGUGUGUGAAAGAGACAGCCCCGAUUGCAGGCGGGGUUGUGCGACGGCUGUGGUGGUGGUGCUGCUGCUGCUGCUGUGGUAAACGUCAAAAUGGCGCACCAAAUGCUCGCUCCGUCCGUGAACUGUUCACUGGAUGAUAUCGAUCUGAACGCACUGAAGGAUCCUGCUGGAAUCUUUGAGCUGAUCGAAGUCGUCGGAAAUGGAACAUACGGACAAGUGUACAAGGGUCGCCACACAAAGACUGGACAACUCGCUGCCAUUAAGGUGAUGGACGUCACCGAGGAGGAGGAGGAGGAAAUCAAACUGGAGAUCAACGUAUUAAAGAAAUAUUCCAACCAUCGCAACAUUGCCACGUACUAUGGUGCAUUUAUCAAAAAGACGCCCGCCGGCAAGGACGACCAGCUCUGGCUGGUGAUGGAGUACUGCGGGGCCGGUUCCGUCACCGAUCUGGUCAAAUCGACCAAGGGCCAGAGCCUGAAGGAGGAGUGGAUCGCGUACAUCUGUCGCGAGAUUCUGCGCGGUCUGAGCUACCUGCACACGAACAAGGUGAUACACCGCGACAUCAAGGGCCAGAACGUGCUGCUGACCGACAAUGCCGAGGUGAAGCUGGUCGAUUUCGGUGUCUCGGCCCAGCUGGAUAAAACCAUCGGCCGGCGGAACACGUUCAUCGGUACACCCUACUGGAUGGCACCGGAAGUCAUAGCAUGUGAUGAAAACCGGGACGCGACGUACGACAACCGGUCCGAUCUCUGGUCACUAGGUAUUACCGCGCUCGAGAUGGCAGAGUCGCAGCCACCGCUGUGCGAUCUCCAUCCGAUGCGUGCGCUCUUCUUAAUCCCGCGCAAUCCGCCACCGCGCAUGAAGUCGAAGAAAUGGUCGAAGAAGUUCCACAGCUUCAUCGAUACGGUGCUGGUGAAAGACUACCACCAACGGCCUUACACGGAGCAGUUACUGAAGCAUCCCUUCAUCAAAGAGCAACCAACAGAAAGACAAGUUAGAAUACAGCUUAAAGAUCAUAUCGAUAGGUGUAAGAAGCGUAAGCAGGAGAAGGAACGCGACGACUAUCGUUACUCCGGAUCAGAAAACGACGACGACGACGGCCAAACUGCCGGCGAGCCGUCGUCCAUCAUACAGGCGCCGGGCAACGAUACGCUGCGGCGUACGUUCCACCAGAUACAGGAGGGCCGAAUGCAGAACGCCGAACAGCAGCAGCCACCGAAUCGCAAUCAGAAACCGCAACCUCGUGACGAGCGAAGUAAACCGCAGCCGGUGGAGGAGCCGGGCCCACCGUCGAGACCGCAGCUGCCGCAGCGACUCAUAGUGGUGCCGGACCCGCCGGCCAACAGCAACGCCAACCGACCGCUGCCACCGACACCGCGCAGUGGCAGCGGCUCGUCCUCCCAGCCGCAACAGCCAUCGUCACAGACGCCGCAGCAGCCGGCGCGCAAUCAGCAAAACUUCUUCAAACCAGUGCUGCCACCGAGACGACCUGAGGAACUGGACAUGUUGGCCGCACAACUAAACGAACUGGGCGUCUCCUCCCCCCCGCAGCAGUCGCAGCAAGCGCAGCCGGAGGCACCGCCGCGGAACAAUCGGCCCCAGCCCGGACCGCCCGUGCCCGGAUCGCAACAGCAGCAACAGCAGGUCAGUGCAGGUGGGGUUGGUGCCAGCGGCGUCGGCAAGGCGCCCGCCAUCGCACCGAACGGCAACAAUAACAGCAGCAAUGGGGCCGGCGUCGGCAGUGGCGGCGGCGUUGGUGGCAACAUCAAUAACAAUAACCAUCAUCCGCAACCGAUCAAUCCGCUCGAUCCGAUCGAAAGCUCCGACUCGGACUCGGAACCGGAGGAACCGAACGGCCGAACACGAAACGACGGCACGCUUCUGGCCAGCGAUCCACCGAUGCCACUUCCCGAAUUUUCCUAUAGGACGGGUGGCUUGGGAGUGCUCGCCGAAUCCGACCAGAACAAUCAGUCGUCGUCGAGUACGCCGGCGGGCGGCGGCGGCGGCGGCGGCGGUGCCAGCGGAGCCAGUGUCCUGUCGCCACCGGGCGGCGGCGGCGGUGGUGGACCCCCGAACCGACCACUACCACCAACGCCGGACGACGAUGACGCGCAGGGCGACGGGACACUCAUCAAGCGGAACUUCGACAAUAAAUCAACCCCGUCCCUCGGAACGACCACCACCUCGUCGUCCGCGUCGACCGGCUCGACCACCCACUCCGAGAGCGAUGAAGCCGUCCUGCUGCGCGAUUGGGACUUCGAGCGGUUCUUCCCGUCGAACGAGCGCCCGAAAGCGGCCCAGCGCCACUCGAUGUCCGACAAGACGUCCUCCUCCUCCUCCAACUCGCCGGCCGACUCGAACGGCCGGCUCCGUCCGCCGAACGCGAUCGACAAUAAAACGCGCAAGGAGCUGGCCAACUCGACCGCCUCCUGUGGGAUGAAAAAGCCCUACCCGCACCAUGGCAUGAACCUGGCGUACGCGGAAAAGCGCAAGGUCGAGGAGAUGAACAACAAGAUCCGGCUGGAGGAGCAGGUGAAGCACGAAAUAUUCACCCGCCAACGGUUGCAGUUCGAUAAGGCAUCGUCACCUUCGAGAGGCCCGGGAGGGCAACAGUCUCAGCAGCAGCAGCAGCAGAAUGCCCACAAACGCCAAGAAUCGGACUCGCGGCUGCCGCUCAACUUUGCCCGUGCCUUCCGGCGCGAAAAUUCCGACUUUUUCCCACUGUCCAAGCGCCACUCGGCCAUACUGGGCGAAGCGACCGCCGACGCGAAAUCAAUGGCCUCGGGUGGCGGUGGUGGUCAGGGUUUGCAACAGCAGCAGCAGCAGCGCUCCAGUGCGAUCUUUUCGCGCAGCAGCCGCAACAAGUUUGAGCCCAUCUUGACCAACUUCUCGCUGAACAAUCCGUCCGGAAGCGAUGACGAGCGGCGGUCGUCCUCCUCAUCGCGACAGACUCCACCACGCCACGGUCAGCAGGACGGCGGUGGGGGUGCAAGAGGAACAGGUGUAGGAGGAGGAGCAGGAGGAGGAGGUGCUGGCACACCAAAGGAAGGUGGGAACGGAGGGCGACAGCCGAGUCCACUGGCAAGCGCGCAGGUGACACCGCGCAACAUGGACUUCUUGCGUCCGCGGCGCGAAAAAACUGAAUCCGUCAUCUUCGUACGUAACUCGCCCAACCGGCCGCAGCAAUCGCUGCUGUUUGAUGGUCAACAGAAGAAUCGCUCGGGUGAGAAUAGUAGCCUCGGUACGCCCGGCCAGCGAACGAGCAGCGUCCUGCCGGAUCUACUUAGUCAAGCUUCACCGGCGACGCCUCCCAGACAUGACAAGUCCGCCAGCGAAGAGUAUCGGGCCGCUGUUAACGCGUCCGUUCAGUCCAACCUCGUCCCUGGUAGCAUGCAACCCAAACCCUUCCUUCCAGCUCCAAACAGUACCAAUAGCGCAACCACCAACACCACCACCACCAACAACCUAAGCGCUGCUGGCCCGGCUACUACUACUCCCGGCAGUCGGGGGAACGCUUCGCCCCACUCGACCGUGUCGAACUCGUCGUCCUCCCGCAACAACAGUCCCAACCAUUCGAUUAACACUAGACUCCUAAGCAGUAGUAGUAAUAGUAGUAGUAGCGCGGUCGUCGUUAAUCAUAAACUGCUCAAUAACAAUCAUUUACUACCUCCUCCCUACCAUCAACAAUACCACCAACCAUCGCCCCACCAUCAUCAAAUGCAACAUCAUCUGCCAAUGGGGACGAUGCCGGUGCAUCUGCUUCCCGGUGCGAAUGGGAACGCGAACCACCAACAACAAUCGUCCGGUGCUGCACAACAACCAUCGCCACAACAACAACCGCUCCCGGUGUCGCCAUUCUCGCUCGCGCUACAACAGAAGCAGCGCAGCUUCCUCACGUUCGGCUUUGGCGCACAGUCCGGUGGAUCGGCCGCAUCACGGCGCGAGAGUCACGUGAACGUGAACGUGACGCCGACGUCGCACGAUGCAACGAGUGAUACGCCCGAAAUACGGAAGUACAAGAAGCGUUUCAACUCCGAGAUACUGUGCGCGGCCCUGUGGGGUGUCAAUUUGCUGAUCGGCACGGAGAACGGGCUGAUGUUGCUCGAUCGCUCCGGCCAGGGCAAGGUGUACCAGCUGAUAUCCCGUCGGCGGUUCCAGCAGAUGGAGGUGCUCGAAGGCCAGAACAUACUGGUGACCAUCUCGGGCAAGAAGAACCGUGUCCGCGUCUACUACCUGUCCUGGCUCAAGUCAAAGAUUCUGCGCACCGACGGGCUGACGGAUCAACAAGUGGAACGCCGCAACGGCUGGAUCAAUGUCGGUGAUCUGCAGGGUGCAGUGCAUUUCAAGAUCGUCAAGUACGAGCGGAUCAAGUUCCUCGUGAUCGCUCUGAAGGACUCGAUCGAGAUCUACGCCUGGGCCCCGAAGCCCUACCAUAAGUUUAUGGCUUUUAAGAGCUUCGGAGAGCUGAUGCAUCGCCCACUGUUGGUCGAUCUGACCGUGGAGGAGCAGACGCGGCUAAAGGUCAUCUACGGGUCGGCGGAAGGUUUCCAUGCGGUCGAUCUCGACUCGGCUACCGUUUACGAUAUCUAUCUUCCUAAGCAUGUAAGGUCCAAUUUCGCCACACUGUAUCGUAACGCUGCCGAACUCGAACGGUAUGCAGCUGCUGCUUUGCUACGACAACGAAGGUGUCUACGUCAACACGAUGGGCCGGGUGUCGAAGAACAUCGUGCUGCAGUGGGGCGAAAUGCCAACCUCCGUCGCGUACAUCGGCACCGGCCAGAUCAUGGGCUGGGGCAACAAAGCAAUCGAGAUUCGUUCGGUAGAAACCGGCCACCUGGACGGUGUGUUUAUGCACAAAAAGGCGCAGCGUCUCAAGUUCCUGUGCGAGCGGAACGACAAGGUUUUCUUCAGCAGUGCCAAAGGCGGCUCAUCCUGUCAGAUCUACUUCAUGACGUUGAACAAACCGGGCAUGGCCAACUGGUAGAGCACAUAAAUCGCCUAUGUGCGUGUGUGUGCAGCCUGGUGUGGUCAUUUGGAAAAUAGGAUGAGUUUGAGCCCGAAAAUCGAUAAGGAGACUGUGUGUAACAGUGAGUUGUAGAAGAGAGACGUAGAAACAAUUCUCAAUGCUCUGCUGCGUUUGCAGCAGUAUCGUUGCAAACAUCACUCACCUACAGGAUACACACAAGGGUAGUAGAGUUGCGACGGAACAAUUCAAAACAGCAGCAGCAACAAAAGCAACAAAAUAAUAAUGAAAGUACAGUGCGCAGGAAAACUUUUUACUCUAGAAAUAGUAGCAAAACAUGUAAACUAAUUAUUAGCCGACGAAGCAGCAGCAGAAGCCGAACAGAACAAAACCCAACAAAGUGGGAAAAACAGCAGCAACAAAGUACAUAAUUGCCGAAACAAUUAUGAUACAGCAACAGAAACACACACAAAUACACAGAAAUGAAACUAGAAACGAAUUAUAGCCGAGCAGAAUCGAACAACAAGCAGAAAGUGAGAGCAAACGCUCUGACCGAAGUGUAGACAACGCGGAAUAGAUAACCAAGUUAGGUAACAUUAUUAUCCGGGGCUAGUAGUGGCGCCAGUGCGGCGUACCGUUGGGUGGCAAAAAAAACACGGUGCGAUUAGUUACACCUCCCUCUCUACCGCCCCUUGUUGCAUCGCAUUUUGUGCAAUAGGGUUGAAGUUAGCGAACGCGUCAUUACAGUGUGCAUCGGAUGACGUUGGUGACACCGUACCAUACACAGCAGCAAUUCUGUCUUAUGAGCGCAUUUUCCCAGGCGGGACUGUGCGAUCGCUCCCAAUUGCCCCGCUCCGCAGUUGCGUUAGAAUUGUUGUUGCCCCCGUUUGGUGCUAGUGUAUAUGUGUGUUAUGGCAUACCCCUCACGUAACACCGCGCACGUUGCAUGUUGCAUUCUAAAUGAUGCGGCAGAUGCGAUCCCGUCGUGUAUCGGUUUUUGGGCAUUUUCCCUCAUCUCUGGUAUUAUUCAAGGUUAGCAUUUUUCUAGGUACACGGUACAACCGAAAGCCGUGAGAGGUAUAUAUCGGAAUAGGCAGAUACACGAAAGGAGGAGGGGCAAUCAAUUAUUAUGCGACACUGGGUUGGCGUAGUCGAAAUCGAAGGCGUAAAAAGGAAGAAAAAAACGACUAAUUUGGGAACGUAGUGUAGCAAAGAAUAGCUAAGAAACGAGUGUUCUUUCCCUUUUCUUCGUAAGUUUCCAUGCAGUCAGUUACACUAUCCUUUUUGCACGAUCACCGACAGCGUGAAUCACAGAAUGUGUAGGGUGGGGCAAACAAAAGAGGGUCAGGGAAACGAGAUAUAUACCGUGUUUGGUUCAGGGCCGAGCAUAUCUUCCAACUUAUGCCGUGUUUACGUUUUUACCCGUAUUUGGUAGUACCGGUAGUAGUGAGUUAUAAUCGAAUUUUAAUCUGGAGAAAAGAAAAAUUCGUACCUAAGCAUGGUGUGAGGAGGGGAGCGGGAGACUGUUUUUGAAAUGUUUUACUCACUCCUACUUCUAUCUAUAAUCGUAAAACAAUCAUUCACGCCAUAGCAUUUUCCCUCGUAACAAUUAAUUUCAUGUGCAUCGCUCUGUAGAAUUGAUUGAUUGGAUGGUACCGAUUAGUUGUGUCGCACAUGUGUGGUGAAGAGGGUCGAAGCAUAGAACGAACCAAGUCGCAGGUAAUAUUUGAGCGAUGAUAGUACUACACAGAUGUACGGUGCGCGUGAGGAGUCUUUUCCGCUGCUCCUUAACCUUUUUUUCAUGCAACCAGUUCGCACUAAAGUCGAGUUUUGUUUUCCUCUCGUUGCUUUAAGCAUUAUUUCACGCACCGAGCCGUGGUACGGCGCGUGCACGUGCUACUGCAGUGUGUGCGACACAGGGAAUUUGUUAGUUAAGCAAUAGCGUGAUAGUAUGGUGGGUAUAACUGCGCAACGAACAGUGGCGAUUUUGGGACUAUCCAAAACGAAGCAUCCUUCCGUUCUGUUCGAGGAAAAAAAAGAAGUCAUGUUGGUGAAUUAGCGCAGUAUAAAUAGAUGCCACAGCCAAGCCGAGUUGAGGGGGUUUGAAACAAUCGCGGUGGAAACGAUAGUAGUACACCGUGGUGUAUGUACUCCUCUCCUGCCCGCUUAGGAGCAAGAGCGUAAUCAGAGGUGCAGAGAGUUUAUUUUUGUUUUCAGUUUUAUAGUUUUUCUCCAUCUUUAUUUGUUUUCCUUUAUUUUUUCGUUUGUUUUCAUAUACAUAUGCUUAUUAUAUACAUAUAUAUAUACAUAAAGGUAACCAGACGAUAGUAUUUUAUUUUUUUCUCUCUUAUAUAGCUCGAAGUAUAAUUGCUGAAAGAAAAGAACAAAACAAAACUACAAGUUAAGUAAAUUGAAGAAAAAAACAGCUCGAAACAGUGUGAACAAUUAAGGAAGUAAGAAGUGUGGCAAUGUUCGAUUGGAGCUAUAUGCAGCAAUAUAAGCUAGAGUUAUGCAUUGUGUCAGCAAAUCGGCUCACCAAGAAAGGUGACAACAUGGUAGAACAAACAAAAAAGAACGAAAGAAAGAAAGAAGUAAAACAACACAAAGUGUGUAAGGAAGUAUAAUCGAUGCAGGGUUAGAGAACGCACAUUGUGCGACGGCAAGCUCGCGAAACGUAACGAAACGAUAACCUUUAGAAGUUGUAAGAAACAGAGUGGCGGAUAGGAAGGAGAGAAGAAAAUCAACAAGACGACAUAAGAAGCAGAAAAGAGAAAGCAUUCAUCGCGCGCGCUCACCUCCUAGUUUUAUCGGUUUUUUUUAUCAUUGUAAACCCGACCGCGGGAUAUAUUUGAAUGUGCAUGCAUGCAUGGCGGUGUGGAUGAAGAGGUAUAGAGGCAGCCCGCUUUCCAAUCCAUAAGCGCAGAAAAGUGGUAGGAAUAAAUGGAAGGGGGGAGGAGACCUAUGCUUGUGGACAACACGACACACGUCAGUGUGCAGGUGCAUCAUUCACGUAAUCAUACACGCCUACAUUAGAACACAUAUUGAAACACGAAGAAGAAGCAAACGAUGAUGAGGUGAAAAGGAUACAGUCAUACACAUCCAUAUACACUGAACGACACAUAAACACACACACACACAGCUACACAUAAACAUACAAUCAAAACUCAUCAGCAAAAUCAUUCUAUCUCUCUAUCUCUCUGUUUUUUGCAUUAGGAAACCCGUAGCAAGUAAGAUGAUUUGGAAUGAACAGAAGAACAAAGCAUAUGAGUGUCGACGGGGGAAGAGGGUCGACGAAAGAAUUUGCGCAAAAGCAUUAAUAGAACAAGUGCUGUUCGACCGCGCAGGACAGUUUAGCCAGGAACGAACGAACACGUGCAGGUGUAUCAGCUGCUGGUAUCAGCAGUGGCGCCAACCACACCGAUCACAAUACAAUUGAUGGUGGCGUGCGUAAACACAGCGUAAACCAGCAAAGCGAUACCAAGGCGAAUGAGGUAUAUAUGUGUAUAGAACAGCAAGAAUAGUGCGCGGUGGGAAAUAAAAUUAUCGGCAAGAACAUGUAAGUCCUGAGAAAACGUAUGCGUACGUGUACAGGAUUUGUGCCUUGUGCCUGUCAGCCAUGAUGACGCGAAAAGAAAGCAGCGGAAUCGUUCAACGUUGCGAUGUUUGCGACCCACAAUCAAACGGAAUCAACGCUUCUACGGUAAGUUCACUUUACUUUAUUUCAUUAUGAUUUUUUCUUGUAUUGUGAACAUUGGGUUCGUGGGAUAAGUGUUCGAAAAUCCUCAGUUUAUCCUAAAUUCUUACAAAAUCAAUGAAAGACUUCCUGAUCCGAGAAAUUGUUUCAGAAGUAAUGCUCUACUGUACAUUUUUAAGUAGAUUAAAAUUGAUUAGUUUUUUUUAUUCAUUCAUGCGACAUUAUAUAUGUCAAUUAGUGAUGUGCUGUAUGGAGCGCACCCACGACUCCGAUCCGACUCCGACUAUUGUUAGUCCGAUUCCGACUCCGGCUAAAUGAAACCACUAAAUCCGCCCGGAGACGGAGUCGUUUGGAGUCGUCCGGAGUCGACCGGAGUCGUCCGGAGCCGACCGGAGUCGUCCGGAGUCGUCCGGAGUCGACGACUCCGAACGGCUCCGAACGAAUCCGGACGACUCCGGACGACUCCGAAUGACUCCGGACGACUCCGACUCCGGGCGACUCCGGACGACUCCGAACGGCUCCGAAGGACUCCGAACGACUCCGGAUGACUCCGACUCCGGGCGACUCCGGGCGACUCCGGGCGACUCCGGGGGACUCCGUACGGCUCCGGACGAUUCCGAAUGAUUCCGGAUAUUGAAGCGCGGACCUACCUUGCGGAGUCGAUUCCGAAUUUAUCGGAGUCGAAUCGGAGUCUCCUAAACCUCUGAUCAUAUACUGCGCAAAGUUGGUCCUUUAGCGGCAUGUGGCAUGGACGUGCCGGCUCCUACAAAGUCUAAAUGAUUCCUGUGUUUUCGAUGUAAGGAUCUUCUUUUAAUUAGCCUCGCUGUACAAAAAGUGCUCAAACGCGAGACAGAAUAUAAGAACAUCAGAUUAUUCAAUCCUACGCUGAAUUCAGGAUCUGUUUGCGUCAUCUUGUAUGAUCGCUGAAUGUCAAAAACUAUGCGGAACACUCCCACGUUUUAUCUAUCUCCCUGUAAGCCGCAUCCCCGCAAGCGUUAAACAACAAAACCGUUUCUCCCAGCGUGUGUCGUCAGAGCGUGAAAGUAGAAGGAGAGAAGAAUUUCGACCCUUUCGCGCUAACCGAUGCAGAUUAAUGUGGGCAAAACAAAAAACAACCACAGCACGAAGGAAUCAAAAGGUUGCCAAAAAUAUAGCCUAAAGCUUUCCCUUUCUCCAAACCGGUCAGUGACCGUCGUAAAAGCCGCUCAGCAAAACCAGUUUAAGCGUACUGCCGGUGGAAUCAACUGCGUCUUUAAUAUGCUCACCAAUCCGCGAAGGAAUGGGUUUUGCAAAGUUUAUAAUACUUGCCAUACUUUAUCCUGAGUGUGAUUUAAAAGUGCUCCAGCGCUGACUCAAGAGUUUCCGUUUGACCCAAUUUUGAGUACCGAAUCAUAAGUACUUUCUCUUGAACUUAAGCUGAUCGUUAUCUGAUCGUUCCAACUGGGGUAAUCCAUCAUACGGCUUUUUUUUUGAGACUAAAGCAACAUCACCUCACACGUUGGGAAGAAGCGUUUAUCGUCCAAAAUGCCUUACUUCCUUCCGCGUAUGGCUGUCAUCAAGCAUGUCACCGAAGCGGCGCCUCAUUACCCUUUUAAACGUAUUCCACACGAGAGAUGAUCGCCUGAUAAGACAGGUCUCGCAUUGGCACCAAAAUCCCAACGCGCUGAGAUGGGUGGGGAUAACCUAAUGCCCCGAGAUCCAGAGCCACGCACUAUCCGUUCCGAACGCGCGCACCACAGUCUGCGGCGAACGAUCCAACCGACCGGUCGGUGUAGAAUUACAGCGUGCGCGAGAAGACCUUUAGGGAAGGUCACCGCCUCAGCGUGACACAAAACAACACCGGCUCUGCUUGUGCGCGUGUGCCUCGCUGAACUUGAAGGCGCACCCGCCGCGUAGACGGCACACUUCUCACCGUGUGUGCGUUUUUCAAGUGCAACCCCACUUCAACCGUUCGUCUCGCUGUUGCCCGUUGUUGUUAUUCAACUGUGGAGUGUCUGUGCCCGCGUGUGCCGGAAGUGCUACACUCAUCAAUACGCGACCGGUCAGGAUGAGUGCGUUACGAAGGGUUCUGAAAUUUUUGCUCGGUGCCGUAAUACCCAGCGCCUGGUGUACUUACGGCGAUGGUGGUGAUUCCCGCACCGUCUGUCCCACUUCUUCCCUGCUGGAACGACCGUACAGAUAACAUCCCGCAACAAAAAGUGGUUCUCCAUAGAAUGUGAAGUGUACCCCCCCGAUACGCAUGGCACGUUACAAGUCAUGCUGUCGAUUGAAUCGUCUCGAUGUGUUAUUUGCCUUAGUACUUUGUACUCUCCCGCACUUUAUCGCCGGAAUCGUCCAAUCAUCGAUGACGCGUGCCUCUACCCACCUAUAAGCACAUGUUACCGUCGUUAGAACCAACACGAACCGCGUGCUGCGCUGCGAAACAUCCUUGAGCGGGCGACUGAAGCGAUCCUUGGGGUGUAAUUAUUGCCAUUACCAAGCGAUGUCGUGUGCGAAUUAGACGAACGUCGAUCGCAGUUUAUUGUGAGGCUCCAGAACUUGUUAGAACACCUUCAUGGGCGAAUCGAUGACAGUGGAGCGGAUAGAGGUUGGAUAUGAUAUGAUAAAAUCAAUGUCAACGAGUUUGUGUGAUACACCCGUUGGAGGGAGAAGUCUCUGUUUAGCUACGCUUGGUUGGUUUAUAGUUUGUAAGGAAGAUUACGUAUUUAAGGUCUAAUAAACGAUCGUGCACGAUCUAGAAGUAGCUUAAA